AUGCCUGAACAUAAAGGAAGUGCUAGGUUCACAUCCUACUACAGAUUUCAGCUCCUCAUAUAAAGCUCUUAGGAGCUCCUCACCAACAGGAAAGCUGUAUAAGCAUUGGGCUGACGGGCCUGAAGGAAGCAGCACAUCGUACCUGGAGCUGCCAGCUGAAAUUGCCAUGAGUUAUAAACCUAUUGCUCCUGCACCGUCGGGCUCCAACCACACACCACCAGGGUCUUCAGUUCCCUCUCCAUCACUCCCGUCAUCAUCCAGCUUUAGACCAGCUUUCAGUGACUUCGGCCCACCAUCGAUGGGCUUUGUUCAGCCGGUCAAAGUGUCCCAAGGGUCCACCUACAGCGAGCUGCUGUCUGUCAUCGAGGAGAUGAGCCGUGAGAUCAGGCCUACCUAUGCUGGGAGCAAGAGUGCGAUGGAGAGGCUAAAGAGAGGUAUAAUCCACGCCCGCGCACUGGUCAGAGAGUGUCUUGCAGAAACGGAGAGGAGCGCCCGCACAUAACCCUUUUGGAAACUCCUCCCUUUCUUUCCUUCUCCUCAUCCUCCUACCUUGAGCUUUAUUUGUGAUCAUUCAUGGGUACAUCAUGUUCCCCUUUUCAACAUUUCAUCAAAUUCAUCUGUUACUCUUUCCGCCUCAUGUGGGGUAUAUGCAAAACCAAUUUUGUACCAUUGGUCAGAAUUUGGAACUUGAGCUCGAGUCAAUAUUUGAGGAAAUAACAGAAAUUGACUUGAAAAGUUGGCUCCUUUUUAUUUCCUUCAACAGAAAAUGCAAUCAAUGUUCAAAUUGCUCCAAUCUGUGUUGAUUUUGGACAUUUUAGUUGUUUAGGUUUUGUCAUAAAAGCUCACAUCAGAAUUCCCUCAUUCCCAGGAACUCUUUACAUCAAGUCAUUUUUUUAGCAAGGAAAUUUUGUAAACCAGAUUUUUGCAAUUCAGUAUGUAUAUCUUAAUUAAAUAAUUUGAAAAGUU